GUGGGAUUGGCAUCAGUCACCUUUGGUAACUACAAGCAGCUCCACCAGCACCCAUCCACCUCCAACUCCAACUUCGCACUCCAAUCAAGAUGAAAUCCUUCGUGUGCAUCGCUCUGGUCGCCUUCGCCGCCGCCGCCCUGGCUUCGCCCACCAACGUGGCCUCGUCCACCCCCACCGGAGCCACAGUCUCCCUGACUGCCCAGGAGGGCGAGCUGGAGGGAGUCGCUGGACAGGGCUUCGGGGACCUCACCCGCCUUCGCAAGUCCGCUUACGGCGGCAGCUCCGGCGGCUACGGCGGCUCCAGCAUCCCGGCCCCUCCCUGCCCCAAGAACUACCUGUUCAGCUGCCAGCCCAACCUCGCCCCGGUGCCGUGCAGCGCCCCAGCCCCCAGCUACGGAUCCGCCGGCGCCUACUCCUCCCCGGUGGCCACCUACGUCGCCCCCAACUACGGCAUCCCCCAGCACCAGCAGCAGCUCUUCAGCGCCGCUUACGUUCCCCAGACCAACGGCUACUACUACUAAGUGCCGCCCACGCAGCUAGAACCCGGCCACGGACCACGCCCUCGAUUGCUGAGAAACAUAAUUAUUAACGGAUUUCAAAAAAUGUACAAAAAAAUAUGCAUUGCCAUUAAAUCGCAAAAAAAUCCUAA